UCCGGAGAGAGUGGGGGCUGGAGGAGAGCUGCAGCAAUUUACGUACAGGAAAGGAGUGGGAAGGAGCUCGGAGCCACAAAGCCUGAGCGAAGGCUAUAUCGGACGUGGCGGCAACUCACACGCCACUCUUCGAAUGACGGUGGACAGUUGUGAUUGGUUGCGUCGACCGAUGCGUCCCAAUGUCGCCCGGGGGAGGCACGCAGAGGACAAAUGUCCUCAGGUGCGCCUUUGUGGACACAUGCCGGCGAACUUGAGUUCGUCUCGUCGAUGGAAGAAGAGCGGACGUGGGUAGGUGGUGCCGGGGAAUCCCCCACGUCUUUCACUUUGGGUCGGAGGGUUGUUUCCAGCCCUCUGUGCAAUUGAAUCUCAGAGCAUUUCGCUGGCCCUGCCGCCGCAGUUCGGCUCUGUCUGUCGUUUCCUCUCGUGAUCAUGAUUUGUAAGGACGCCGCCUUUCGUGAAUCGUUGGCAUUGCAAGCAACGCUAUUCUCCAAUUCCCCGUCGUCCCAAUAAAUUCGUGCAAUGUCCAACCUUCCGCCUCGGAAGGCCAAGGGUGCCUGUGGGCUGUGAAGCAUCGAGAGCGCUUCGUCCGCGCUCAACAGCCAAAACCCAGCGCCGAAUCGAAACAGGGCUAGUUACACGAAGAAAGGAGAGGGAGAGUUACAACUCGCUCUCUCUCGGACGCAUUUCUGGCAGCGGCUGCACCCCUCGCCCUCUCGCCCAUCUUCCUUUCCUUCCCUUCACCCUGCGAUCGCGCGUGACUUGCGAACACGCUCCUCAAGCAAUGGAUCAAAACACAAGGAAACAGGUCCAGAUCGAAAGAUUCGAAACCAGUGCCGCACCGGCACACAUUCCUUAAACCCUGCGCGAGCGAGGCCGGGGCAAAUUCAUCACAGGGACGGGCCGGAGAGAAUGCGCGAGAGAUUUUCUCCUGCAGUGGAGAACGAGUUGCGGGGCGAAAUCGAGGGGAGAGAUCGAGAGAGGAGCCACAAAUUCUCAGGUAAGUACCGCCGGCGGAAGUCGACACAUUCGGGAGCGAAUGCGCGGCCGGACCAUGAAUGAACGUAGCAGAUGACAGCGAUUGGGCCGCCAUAGUGUGAGCAAAUCAGCCAUCGCCAUAUCGAGGAGAAUCUCUGAGAUCGGGACCAUAGACGGAAGCCAUUUCGAGGCGGGAAGAGGAUGCCCUAGUGAGCUCGGAUUGCGCUGCGAGAGAGAGGGCGAGAUCGAGAUCGAGAGGAAGGGGCGACGAGAGGCAUGCGGUAGGAGGAGGCGAUGAGCAGUAGCAGCGCUGAGGAGGCGGGCAGCCAUGCGGGGACGUCGGACACGCUGUCGGAUGGCGGCGACGCAGGGGAGGCGUCGGCCAUCGUCGCGUUCGAGGCGGGCGCCGCGGCGGCGGCGGCGGAGCGCCACAAGAGCGGCGCGGCCAUGGACGAGACCUUGUGGGGCGCGCUGCCGGAGGAUCUGCAGGACCGCAUUCUGGCCUGGCUGCCGUUCCCAGCCUUCGCGCGGGCCUGCACGGUGUGCCGGCGCUGGAACGCGGUCAUGUACUCGCAGUCGUUCCUGGAGAUGUACCGCCGGAUUCCGCCGCCGCUGCCGUGCUUCCUCAUGUUCGAGGCCAAGGACCGCUCCAUGUGCGCCGUGUUCAACCCAGCGUCCGAGCUCUGGCACCGCAUUCCGUUCACCUUCUUCCACUACGAGACAAAAUUCCCUUGCGCGGCCGCGGGCGGGCUACUGUGCUUCUGCGGCGUCAGCGCCUACCCGACGCUGUCCGUGUGCAACCCGUUGACGCGGUGCUGGCGGGAGCUGCCGCCCAUGCUGCACAAGCGCUUCCCAAACCUGGUGGGCAUGGUGGUCGACCCGGUGACGCGCGGCUACAAGAUCGUGGUAGCGGGCGACUACUACGAGGACAACGUUCGCACCGAGGUGUACGACUCGACCACCAACUGCUGGCGGCUGACGGGCAACCAUCUGCCCAUCGCCAACUACACGCUGCGCAACGCCUUCUGCAACGGGUUCCACUUCUGGGUGACGCGCGACCCGUACGGCGUCAUCGCCUUCAACAUGGAGCACGGCGUGUGGAGCGUGGUGCGCGCGCCCAUGCCGUCCUUCCUCUCGUCGCCGCACCUGGUGGGCUGCCACACGCGCCUGCUCAUGGUCGGCGGCCUCAAGAAGCACACCAUCCCCAAGAACAUCCGCAUCUGGGAGCUCGAGCAGAACUCCAUGAACUGGGCCGAGGUCGCGCGCAUGCCCCACACGCUCUGCAAGCGCUUCCUGCGCGACUCGCGCAACGGCGACUUCAUGUGCGUCGGCUUCAACAACCUCAUCUGCCUCACCAGCUACAAGUGCCCGCACGCCCUCAUGUACGACUUCUCCAAGCGCUCCUGGCGCUGGGUCGCCAGCUGCCCCCUCCUCACUGACAUCGAGGACUACCGCUCCACCAUCGGCUUCCCCUUCAAUCCCCGCCUCGAUGCCUCCGUCUGACCUCGCUCGCCCUCGCUGCGCUCUGCCUUGUACAUAAUCUCUGCCCCUCGCUCUCACCUUCCCUCUCUCUCUCUCUCUCUCUCUCUCGCUACUCUCUCCCGCUCUCUUGCGCUCGCGUCUGCUGGUGGGCAGAAGUCCGAUACCAGAAACUCAAUGAGACCCGAAUUUUUUGGGCCGAAGUUUUCUGCACCCGACGAGUCUCGUGAUCCAGAUGUUGGAAAAACUUCAUGAAUCUUGAAACCCAUGACACUCCCCUUCCCGGGCCGGGCCUGUAAAAUGGCCUGAAUUUUGUAACAUGAAACGAACCGUAGACGUAGUUUGUGAUUUUCAAUGCAGUUCAC